CCCCCAAUUUCAACGGAAAUCUGGGGUUAGGGUUGGAUUUUGUGGCCACAAGAACUGCCGAACUGCCCACAAACGACUCGACAAAACCUCUCCUAAACAGAGACUGAUCGACAACAAUAUUUCCAUCGAGUUGUGUCAGAGUGCGCUGUAUUGUAGAAUAGUUUGGCAAGUAGCUAGUAGCUAGUAGUCAAAGGUUGAGAGGAAGCAGCUCUGUAGCAUAGCAGUCGAGUCAGUCUGAGUCUAAGAAAGCACUACGGUAGCUGUUACGGUUAGAAGAAUCAUAAUGGAGAAAGUAGUUGACAGGGUCCAUAAAAUGUCGCUGAAUCACUGGAAGGUCGGACCAGUGCAAGGCGACUUUCAGGUCAACAACGAUCUACAGGCGCGAGGCUAUUCAUCCGGUCCUUCAUCAGAGUACAACUUGAUGGACGAGCAAGUAAAGAUGGCGACAGCAGCAGCGUUGGCCGCGAGAGCUAUGGAACAUGAGCGGGAACAGCGUAGUUCAUUCGCUUAUCAAAUUCAUCAGCAUCGACAGUCUUCUCGUUCUCGGAACCAUCGUGAUGAUCCCAGUCCCACAGCGCGGCAGCAACAAGUACGAGAAGUCUUUCAAGGCAUUCGAGAAAAGACGCCUGAAUACUGGAAGUCGGUGGUCCAGAGUGUCCAAGAACACAAAGAGAAAACUCCGGUAUACUUGAACAAAGUAGUUCAAACGGUCCGCGAACACGGCGACAAGACUCCGGAGUACGUCAACAAGGUUGUGCAAACCGUUCGAGAACACAAGGUCGUUCAAACUGUCCGUGAACGCGUUUUUCGGAACCAGGACGAUGGGAGACUGCAAAACCGCUACGACUGCGAUGCUGCAGGUAGACAAAUCCCUGGCGACGCUAGUCCUUACGUUGGCUCCUUGAAUGAGGAAGAACAAAGAGAACAACCGCCUACUUCUUUCCAUUUUCCCGAUGGAAGUCAAAUCCGAGAACGAUGCGUUCAGGUCUGUAACAAGGUUCGAGCGCUCCAAGGGCUCAAGCCAUUGCCCACGUCACCCGUCACAGGAGCAAGGCCACACCAAAAAGACGACGCCGAAUACUACGUCAAUUUUCAUGAUGGGGAUGCCGUAUCCGCCAUCAAUGGAGCCAUGACUAUUACGCAGUCCUCAUACCAACGUCCUGCAAUAGAACCACAAACAACCGGUGAUGGAUAUGCAAACAUGAGUUCAUCGGAACAAGAUGGAGACGAAGUUGCUCAACGAAAGCCGUCUGUAGCAGAGCAAAGAGUCCUCGACAGACGCCCGGAAUCACAAAAAUCUCUGCAACCCUUUCACUGGGGAUCAGAUCCCCAAAUACAGGAGACAACAGUAGCUGAAAAUGGCAAAGGAGCAGACCCGCUAGCUCAAUUGGACGGGGAUAAGCGACAACUUGGGGAAGAAACGGACAGCCAAUCAACAACCGCUACAGAGGCAACGGACCCUGCAGAUGAGGAGGACGAUGCUGGCGAAGAGGCUCUAAACGAUCUGCCCACAAUGCACUCCACGGCCAAGUUUCAAUGGAGCGCUGAAGCAACCACAGCCAAUGCAACAACACACGGAAGCUGAGACAUCUCCAAGAUUCCAUGAGAAUAUACCGGUAGUCCCUCUGGCGGCGUGAUGGUUCCUCACCCGUGCUACAGGCUGUAACUAAAUUUUUUAUCAUGCAUGAAAGCAUAAAUUGAUCACUUGGAUAUCCUAUGUUAGUAUAAAAAUUGUCUACUUGGUGCACCCAGCGCAGUUUGCUCUUUUAGUGUGAUGAGCAAAGAGCAGGAUA